AUUAGGAACAUUGAGCUGGUAGAUUCCCAACCGGGUUAUCAAGUCCCAACGACAAGCAUCGCAAUCGUCAACCUUAACUUUUACUCUGAAAUUCUGUUGCCGGAAGCGUCGGGGACGCUCUCGAAAUACGGAACUCGUGUUUUCGCAUGCUUGUGCAGCGCUCAAGUGUGUCGUUGAACCGAUUAAUGAAGUCAAGCCGUCGUCCAAUUUCUGUCGUCAUGCUGGAAAGGAGCACGGUGACAGUUGUCGCAGACAUAUUCUUCAGCAGAAGACAUACGUCCGAAGAAAUCAUCCAUUGCUGCUGCUCCAGAGCCUUCGUGCAUGACCGAGAGCUAUAUCGCUCAGAUAAUAGACUUCUUUCGUUGGACCAGGCGGACGCCGCCACCCAAGGAGGGGAACAUGAAGAAGAGGAAGAGGAAGAAGACUUUCUGGAUGAAGAGGCUAAGCUGAUGGCGAGCAUGGGUCUGCCUCUUGCGUUUGCCAGCUCUUCCGGCCGCCGUAAAAAGGAGAAGACAGCUACCAAACGACCUGUUACACAGCAGACGGAAUCGCUUGAGGAACAUUUGCAGCUGACCAACAAAGUUUGCACAGACAUCAGCGAUCCUCUGGGGGAAGGAGUGAAGACCGAGACCCUGGCUGACGAGUUAGAGACCCCACCUGCCCACGACGCUGGCUGGGAGACAUACUGGGCUGAACAAGCUGAAGCGCUUCUGUGGAACAGCUGGGUGGAGAAGCGUCGUGAUGAGUUGCCGUCUUCAGAAGAUUCCCAAGGUGUGACUGCGCCAUGGGACGACCCCAACACAAAGGCUGCCUGGGAUCAACACACUGCAGACACGUACUAUUACUAUUGGGAGCAUUACUCGUACUGGGCAGCACAGGGCUGGACCACCGACUCAUCUUGUGAGAAGAACACUCAGGAAGACGAAACAGCAGCUGAAGGGAUGGAUGGAGGCAUUGGGAAGCACUCAGAGGAAUGGUUGGAUGAAAAGACUGGUGCUGUUGAAGUUUUAAAUGACCUCCUUCAACAGAAGUGCACUUUAGAGGCAGGUGCCAUCUCACCUGACUCUGAAACAACCACGCGGUGUUCCGACGCGGUCAAUAUUGCAGAGCGGCAAGCGGGAGACUUGUGUAAUUCUGAGCCCUCUGAUGGGGGAAAUCAUGGCAAGAAACCAGAUGUUUCCUCACGGCAGGACAGAACGCAACACGCAGAUUCCCAACGGGCUGGUGGCAGCCUUGGCACACGUUUGGGUUCUACAAAUUGGGUAUCAAAUGGGGAAGAUGAUGAUGGUGAUGAAAAUCCCUCCAGAGGAGGACCCAGUAAAGUAAAACGCAGUCAUGAAUUGGAUGCGGAGGAGAACCCGCAUCUAACGUGUGAUGAAGCCUGGAGCAAACUUGGACUCAAGCACAAUCCGGAGUCUCUAUUCAACAGUGUUUUUAACUUUAAAGACGUUUGGGGUCAGAAGCGGUGGUGCUCUAAGGGGACCGCCGGCAGCCUGAACAAACACAUCAGAUUCAUUGAGGCGGAUGAAGACGGAACACAGCCGCAGUGCAGCACCGCCCUCCGAAAAGUCCAAAACUUCCUUGAGAAGAUUAAGAGUGAGGCGCAAAUGCCUCUAAAUGAGAGAGAAGAGCACGAACGAGGACGCACGCACUCUGAGGAGAAGCUUCCCACUUUAGGUUCAACAGAGAAAAACCAUGCAUGUCGGGAGAAGUUUGCAUAUGGAAGUAGUAGCUCCAUGGAUGAGGAGAGUCCCGCUAUGAUGGACACCGAGAAGAAACUCUCUCAGACCAGUCCGAGGGAGGAGCCCAAUAGGCUUCUUGAAUGUAUGGAAAUCCCAGACUUUCUCCUGCCUGACAGCCUUGCAGGCCAUGGUGAGGCAAAGAAGCCAAAGAAGAAGAGUAAGCACCGGAGGAAGCGGCGGGUUCCGGCAAACAUGGCAGCAGAACCGGGCCUGGCCAAAUACUGGGCUCAGCGCUACAGACUCUUCUCUCGCUUUGACGAAGGAAUCAAACUGGACAGAGAGGGCUGGUUUUCUGUGACGCCAGAAAAGAUUGCCGAGCACAUCGCCCUCAGAGUUGAGUCCAGCUUUCCCAACACUCAGCUGAUUAUCGAUGCCUUUUGUGGAGUUGGAGGAAACGCAAUCCAGUUUGCACUCACUGGGAAAAGAGUCCUAGCUGUGGAUAUAGACCCGGUACGUUUGGACUUGGCGCGCCACAAUGCUGCCGUUUACGGCGUUGCACAUCAAAUGGAGUUCCUGCUCGGGGACUUCCUUCAGCUGGCGCCUCGGCUCUGCGGUGACGUUGUCUUCUUGUCACCCCCUUGGGGAGGACCAGAUUACGUGACUGCUGAGGUGUUUGACAUUCAAACCAUGAUGGACCCAGAUGGAGUUCAGAUUUUCCAUCUGGCCAAACAAAUAUCAGAUAACAUUGUGUACUUCCUGCCUCGCAACACGGACAUGGAUCAGAUUGCCUCCUUGGCAGGCCCAGGAGGAAAAGUGGAGGUGGAGCAGAAUUUUCUCAACAACAAACUGAAGACCGUAACUGCUUACUUUGGCAGUUUGAUCAAGGCAGACACCUCACAGCUGCAGUCAAUUUUUUAAACAACCCACUAAAUGAUUAGCAUUUGUGGUUCUCCAUUGGAACCAGAUUCAUCAAGUGAUACAGAAAACUGCCACAGUAACUUUGUUUUUUUGUUGCUGUCAAUUUUUAAUCUGAAGUCAGUUUAGUGCAAGUAAACAUACAGUAGUUAACUGCAUUUAAUUGUUUGUUUUAUAAAACCUUCCAUUUUGCAAUGCAUUAUUUUAAGGUUUUUUUCUACUUUGUCUUAAGAGCCAUUAAAUGUUUUUAUAAAAAAAAAAAAAAAACAUUUGUAUAUUUUUGUCCCCAUAUGAGCUGCUGGACUUUAAUUUACUGCUAAAGGUGAUGGUGGUAUUGAAUGCUGAGUUGAAGUCGAGGAACAGCGUUCUGACAUAUGAGUCCUUAGAGUCCAGGUGUGUGAGGGCGGUGGAGAUGGCAUCAUCGGUUGAGCCGUUGGACCAUGUGCAAACUGGAAGGCAUCCAAGAAGGGGGGGGAGGGAGGACUUGAUUUGGUGCACGACGAGCUGCUCGAAGCACUUCAUCAGGAUGGGAGUGAGUCAUUGAGGCAGGAGAGAGAGACGACUUCUUUGGGACCGGGACGAUGGUAGUGGCUUUGAAGCACGUAGGGACAACAGCCUGACAGCCUGACUCAAGGACGUGUUGAAGACAUCUGUGAGUUCAGCUGCACGGUACCUCAGAACACGACCAGGUAUGUUAUCCGGGCCCGGGGUUUUACGUGUGGUGAUCCUUCCAAGGGAUCCUAUCACUCCCGGGUCAGUGACAGCACCUGGUCACCAGGAGGGGUUGGAGACUUGUGUGCAGGUGUGCUCUUGUGUGCCUCAAAGCGAGCAAAUACGUUGUUUAACUCUUUCAGCAGGGGGGUGGAGCUGUCACAGGUCUGUGGUGAGGAUUUGUAGUCCACAGUGGUCUGAAUGCCUCGCCACAGACUCGUGGUGUCAUUGCUGUUACUGAAGUGGUGGCGAUCCUCUAGGAGUACUACCUCUCGGCCUCCCUGAUGCCACAGGACAGAUUGCCCCAGCUGUCCUCAGGCCCUCCUCAUUCCCAGAUCUAAAAGCAGCGUUGCGGACCUUCAGGAGUCUGUAGACCUCUGCCGUCAGCCGUGGCUUCUGAUUAGCACGAACAGUGAUGGACUUAGUGGUUGUGACAUCAUCCAUGCACUUGCUAAUGUAGGCGGUAACAUUCUCUGUGUAUUCCUGAAGGUCAGGUGGCAGCCUGUUUGAGCAUGGUCCAGUCUGUGGUGGCCAAACAGACUUGAAGUGCCUCGAGGGACCCUUCUGGCCACCCUCGUACCUGUUUCCGAACUGGUUGGGUGACUUUAACCGGUGGUCUGUAUGCUAGCAUUAGCAUGACAGCGAGGUGGUCCGAGGCUGCUUGGUGGGGAAGGGGAAGGGCCUUGUAGGCUCCUCUCAUUGUCCAUUGUCCAAUUCUGCAACGAAUAGUGGACCUAAAUAUCUCCACACUCAUUGCCACUGAUAGAAACCACUUGUUGCUACUAACGAUGGCCCAACCGGUUAUUAGGUUUACUUUUUCCACACGGGGGCAGGCAGCUUUGAAUAUAUUUUUUCCUUAAUAAAUAAAAUCAUUUCAAAACUGAA